AUGCAAGAUUCUGAGGGGAGUGACACUAAUACGAGAAUUUUCAAGUCGGUUGCUGAGGUAUUUCAGAAGGCACAAGGCUCUUAUGCAGGACACAGGAAGCAUAUCGCUGUUCUAAAAAAAAUUCAGUCAAAAGCUGUUGAGCAAGGCUAUGAAGAUGCCUUUAACUUUUGGUUCAAUAGACUAGUUACUAAGAUUUUGCCUCUAAAAAAAAAUGAGGUUAUUGGAGACAGGAUAGUAAAGUUAGUAGCUGCAUUUAUAGCCUCUUUGGAUAGGGAGUUGAUAUUAGCCAGAAAACAAGAUUACGAGCUCAUAAAUGAUGAAGAAGGAGUAUUUUCAAGAUUUGUUGAUCAAUUUAUAAGACACGUUUUGCGCGGUGCGGAAAGCUCCGACAAGAAUGUCAGGUUUAGAGUCCUGCAGUUAUUAGCUGUUAUAAUGGAUAAUAUAGGCGAAAUCGAUGAAUCACUUUUUAAUUUACUGAUAUUGUCUUUGAACAAAAGAAUUCAUGAUAGGGAGCCAACAGUUAGAAUACAGGCUGUGUUUUGUUUGACCAAGUUUCAAGAUGAAGACAAAACAGAACACUUAACCGAGCAUUCUGAUAAUGAAGAUAACUAUGAAGCUACGAGAACCUUGGUUGUUUCUAUCCAGAAUGAUCCAUCUGCUGAAGUACGUAGAGCUGCAAUGCUGAAUCUCAUCAAUGACGAUAAUACUAGACCUUACAUUUUGGAGAGAGCUAGAGACGUUAACGUCGUUAAUAGAAGGCUUGUGUACUCGAGAAUUCUAAAAUCGAUGGGAAAAGAAUGUUUUGAUAGUAUUGAGCCACAUAUUUUUGAUCAAUUGAUUGAGUGGGGGUUGGAAGACAGGGAAUUGUCAGUGAAGAAUGCAUGCAAGAGGCUUAUAUCUCACGACUGGUUAAAUGCCUUGAACGGUGAUUUAAUAGAAUUACUAGAAAAGCUAGAUGUUUCCAGAUCCUCAGUGUGUGUCAAGGCUAUAGAAGCCCUCUUCCAAUCAAGGCCAGAUAUCCUCUCUAAAAUAAAAUUUCCUGAAAGUAUUUGGAAGGACCUUACUAUGGAAAUAGCUUUUCUUUUUCGGGUCUUUUAUUUAUAUUGUUUGGAUAAUAAUAUAACAGAAAUGUUAGAUGAGAACUUUCCAGAAGCUUCAAAAUUAUCGGAGCAUUUAAAUCACUAUAUCCUCCUCAGGUAUCAUCAUAACGGGAUAUCCAAUCAAUCUCAGGAACAGUUCGAUAACAAUACCUUAGAGUUUAUCAUUGAGCAACUAUUGAUUACCGCGGAAAGGUAUGAUUUUAGUGAUGAGGUUGGAAGGAGAUCAAUGCUCACUGUGGUACGAAAUGUACUGGCUUUGACUACAUUGUCUGAACCGCUUAUUAAUAUUGGCAUUCGUGUAAUGAAAAGCCUGUCCAUUAAUGAAAAAGAUUUCGUAACAAUGGCAAUAGAAAUCAUCAAUGAUAUUAGAGAUGAUGAUAUUGAAAAACAAGAACAAGAGGAGAGAGAGAAAAUCAACAAAAGGGGCCGCGGAAAUAGGAAUUCUGUAUCCAAAGAGAACAAUGACGGCACAAAUGAUGAUGAAGAUGAGGAAGAGGAAAAUAUUGCAUCUUUUCAUUCUGCCGUAGAAAACUUAGUACAGGGAAACGGCAAAAUCUCUGAGAGUGACAUAAUAAAUAAUCUUCCACCCGAAAAGGAAGCAUCGUCAGAGACAAUUGUCCUUUGUCUCACAAGAUCAUCGUACAUGCUAGAGCUUGUUAAUACACCUUUAACAGAGAACAUUUUGAUUGCAUCGUUGAUGGACACUUUGAUCACACCUGCAGUUAGAAACACCGCAUCAAACAUCAGGGAACUCGGUGUCAAGAACCUUGGUUUGUGCUGUCUUUUGGACGUUAAAUUGGCUAUUGAUAACAUGUAUAUUUUAGGUAUGUGUGUUUCCAAAGGUAAUGCAACGUUAAAACAUAUCGCACUACAAGUAAUUGUAGAUAUCUUCUCUGUGCACGGGAACACUGUAGUAGAUGGAGAAGGCAAAGUUGACUCGAUAUCAUUGCAUAAAAUAUUUUACAAAGUCUUAAAGAACAACAGUUUACCCGAGUGUCAAGUGAUAGCAGCGGAAGGUUUGUGUAAAUUAUUUUUGGCAGACGUAUUCACUGACGAUGACUUGUUCGAAACGUUGGUCCUGUCAUAUUUUUCACCAAUAAACUCUUCUAAUGAAGCGCUAAUACAGGCCUUUGCCUUCUGUAUCCCAGUCUAUUGUUUUUCGCAUCCCACUCAUCAGCAACGUAUGUCUAGGACAGCUGCAGAUAUUCUUUUGAGACUGUGUGUUCUUUGGGAUGAUUUACAGUGUUCUGUAGUACCUGGAGUUGAUCGUGAGACUAUGUUAAAACCGAACGUAAUAUUUCAACAAUUGAUAUUCUGGACUGACCCGCGUAAUUUAGUUAAUCAGACAACCUCUGUUAGGAAGGAUACAGUUCAGCUCACUUUCUUGAUUGAUGUGCUCAAAAUAUUCACUCAGAUUGAGAAGAAAGAAAUAAAAAAAAUGAUAUUAACAAAUAUAAAUGCUAUAUUUCUUUCUUCUGAACAGGAUUAUUCUACUUUGAAAGAAAUUCUUGAGUAUUCUGACGAUAUUGCAGAAAAUGAUACGUUAGAUAAUGUGAGCAAAAAUGCUCUGGACAAGUUAAGGAAAAAUUUGAAUGCAGUUCUUGAAGAGAUCAACGAAAGGUCCGGAACUCAAACAAAAGAUGAGAACAACACAACAAAUGACCAAUACUCAUCGAUUUUAGGAGAAUCUUUUAACAAAGUUUCAAAUGAUACCAUGGAUCACGCUUCUAAUAUAACUAACGAAGACGGAACAGAAUCCGUUAAAACAACCGUUAAGGUCUUGGCAGUUGAUAAUGCAAUAGAGCAAAGUAACUCAAGAAAAAGGACGAGAUCGGAAACGGAACAAAAUGAGAAACAUAACAACUCAGAAAACAGUUUUAUCCAAAAUAGUUCAGUUGUAACAAAAAACGUAAGUUUUGUCUUGCCUGAAGACAAAGCCGAUGAAAUGUCAGUGGACGAAGAAGAUAAUGACUCGGAAUCCUUCAUAGAUGUCUGA